AGACGUUCGGAAAUUCAGUGAAAACUGAUUUCCGGUUUAAAGUUAAAAAUCAAAAUAUCAUUACAAUGUCGUCAAGUGGGAGUGAAGGACACAUAGAUUCUAUAUCUGACAGUCUCCCUGAACACAUUACGGCAGGCCAGAUGAAUGUCAUAUAUUUCAAGACUCAGCUAAAUGAACUUUGGCGGGACAAUGUAUUCACCGAUAUUACAUUAGAAGUUGAAGGGAAACAAUUCAAUUGCCAUAAGAUAAUCCUGGCUGCUAACUCUCCUUACUUCAAUUCAUUGUUGACAAAUGGCAUGGCUGAAACUACAAAGAAAACCAUUGAGCUGAAAGACGUCUCAAGUGUUGCAAUGGAACACAUUUUGCGUUUCAUUUAUUAUGACUUCAAGGAUAACAGUGACAUAGGUAUAAGGUCCACUAACCUUAGCGCCAAGCAGGCACUUGAAACUCUAAAAGCUGUUGAUAUGUUCCAGAUUGAAAAUGGAAUGAAGGACAUUUUGGCUGAUUACCUCAGGUUGAACAUAGCAGAUGACAAUUGCCUUGAAAUAGUCCAGACAGCUGAAUUUAUAGGGCAACCUAAGCUAGCUGAAACAGCAAAUGAACAUGCGUUGCUCAAUUUUGACAAUGUAUGGAAAACGGAUGGAUUACUUGAACUUGGAAAAAACAGUCUUGUCAGUUACCUUGGAGAUGACAGGCUAGUUGUCACUGAGGAAGAAAAUAUUUUCUAUGCUGUAGAUCGCUGGAUGUCCAAGACUAAAGAGCGAGAAGUGCAUGCCUUGGAGCUUUUUGAAUGUGUCAGGUUUUGUUUCAUAAAGUCCAAAGUUUUAAGCGAUGAAAUCUAUACACAUGCAUUGACCAAUCAGUUCCCGUGUCUGAAUAACUAUAUUAUAGGUGCAUUUCGUCAUCAAACCACACCGUGUUACCAGCAUGAAGAACACUAUUACAGAUGCAAACCAAGGAACUGUGAGACAUCAAUUUGUGCUUCAACUAUUUUUGGUGGUGAUGACAUUUCUAUCAGCGUUAUCAGAGAAACCUUAUCCAAAGUGCAAACUUUUGAAAUGACAUGUUGUGCAUAUUUACAGUCCCUAGGGAGCUACUUGCUUCAAGACAGAGUCUGUUUGGUCGGACAAAACAUUUACAAAUACCUAAGAGGUGGGGAACUGUACCGGAACACAUAUAAGCAAGAUGACAGCAACUUUAAAAGCAAAGGCUGGAAGAAGUGUAGAGCUUCAAAUAGUAGAUCUGGGUAUUUGAAAUCAUUCACUUUAACAUUAUGUGGUGAUUACAUAUAUUUGAUUGGAGGUGAGGCGGCAAAUGUCACUGUCAGUUCUCAGAUUGACAUGUAUGAUUGGAGAAAAGAUGUCUGGCAAGCACCCCAAGGAGCUAUUACCACUUUGAUUCAUCCAGUGUUUGGACAUUUGACAGUUGCUCUGAAAGGGUCCCUGUACAUAAUUGGUGGCCUUACUGUGGAUGGAAGUAAUAGCCAAUUUCUCCAAAUAUAUAACACCAGAGAAGGCAAAAUAUCAAUGGGGCCGAAGUUACCCACUUCUUCACUCAACGCAGAUGCAGACAACAUUGCAUAUUACGGUAUUCGUGGAGCGUGUUGCAAUGAGGAAAUUUACUGCUUUUGGGGCAAAACUAUUUCAAAAUAUAGUCCACAAACAAGCCAGUGGACUGAUUUACACGACAUAGUAUUUCUGGUUCUCACAGCUCCAACCUUGCUGGUGCGAAGCAGCAAAAUAUUGGCAUUUGGAGGUUUUACAGCCCCCAAUGUAUGUAAUAAGAAGGUGUUUGAAUUUGACCCUGUGUCUGGUACAACCAAGGUGUUGACGUCAUUCGAAUAUUCUCUCCUCUUUGGUGAUCUCCCCAGACUUGUUAAGGAUGAACAUCUUAUUUGGUUGUAAAGAACUUUUCAUCGCAUGUUCACAAUAUGUAGUGACUAUGACUAUGUUCAUACUUGUAUUUUUGUAUGCAAACUGUUCACUGGAGCAAAUCAUCUAAGGAAUUAGAGGGGAUCGUUUCUUUAUCAUUCUGAAUUCUAUAUAACUAAAAAAAUGAUUGAGACAUCCAAUCGUAUAGAAGAAGUUAUAAAUUAUAUAUCUGUAUAAGAUUCAGAAAAGCAAGGGAGUAAAAUAAGAGGGGAGACACUAGUAGCUAAAUAAAUGUCACCUAAUCUUAAUGUAAUUCUAGAAUAGUACAUUACAUUACACACACUAUAUUUGACAAUCAUUUUUACUAUUUCUGCAUUUGCUGUAUGAUGAUUUGUUCUAAUAAAUCAUGUAUACCU